AAAGGUGGGGCAUGAUCGAGUGCCAAUGCAGUCUCUACUCCUAUAAAUUCGACGAUCUACAGUUUUGUGCUAAAGCUUGAACGUUUGAGGAACAAUGAUCCAAUAUCUUGUAAUCUUUUGUGGAAUGAUAAGCGUGGCCCUUUGUGCUCCACAAUGGUAUGGUCCACAUGCCGGUUAUGGUGGGCAUGCUGCACCAGCACCUCUUGGUCCUGAUGGUCGUGUGGUAGACACUGCUGAAGUAGCCCAAUUAAAGGCUGCUCAUUUGUCAGCUUUAGCCGAAGCCAAUGCACGUGCACCGAAAGGACCUGGUGGACCCGUACCUGGGCCAUACGCACCUGGGGCACCUGCUGGUUAUGCACCUCACUACAGUGGUCCACCAGCACCACUGGGACCUGAUGGUCGCGUAGUUGACACACCCGAGGUUCAACAAGCCAAGUCGGUUCAUUUCUCUCUUUACAAUGCGGAAGCUCAACGUGUACCAGCUGGGCCAGCUGAUCCAGUUGCAUCUGGUGCUUACGAUCCAUCAUGGAAUAAUAAUGGCGCUUGGAAUCAAGGAUCCUGGAAUCCUGGAAACAAUUAUUACUAAAAGGAUUUAUUUCUUUAAUUUUUCCUUUUAUGGAUUACGUUCGUUCGAUUCCAAUCAAUUUAAGAGAUGCACACCCACUGGUAUCUUUUAAAAUCUACCUCGAUAAUAUUUGAUUUUCGUAUCUACCUCGUCCAAGACUAAAAAGAAGAAGAAGAAGAAGAAGAAGAAGAAGAAGAAGAAGAAUAAGAUGAUGAAAAAAUUAUAUGUGCUCUUCGUUCCGACUGAUUUCAACAAUUUUUAACUACCUCUUAUCAUUUAUCCGGACGAACGAGCAGUAUUUCUUCUAUUCAUAGAUCUCUGAUUUUUUUUUC